CGUUUAAGUGGACAAAUGCAUAAGACGGCGUCGUAUCGUUUUAAAACAAAUAACCUCGACUGACUAAAGUUUAAACCCUUCUCUCCGCCGCCAUCCGCCGCCGUGAUGCAUCGCCGCUCCGCCACCCAUUGAGAAAACUUCCAAAAAUCGCCAUAAAUGCUUCUUCGUCAGUGGAAAGAACCAUUGGAACAGCUAACACUACAAUCUCCGAAACAAACCACAGUUAUUUCAUCAGGAUUUCCUCACAAUUCACUCAAUCAACAAAGCUUCGAAUUAAACUACCGCUGCAUAUGCAACCACUUGAUCGAAUUUACUCGCGGGAAGAAUCUGCUCAGAGGCCAGUCUUUUCACGCCCACGUCAUCAAAUCCGGGCUCCAAACAAUUCCUCUCAUUUGUCAUCAUUUGAUCAACUUCUACUCCAAGGUUCAGCUCCCGUAUUUGUCGGAGCAAAUUUUCCGCGAAACCCACUUCAAAUCUUCCACCACUUGGAGUUCUAUCAUAUCGUGCUUCACUCAGAAUGAACUCCCGUUUAAUGGGCUUGAGUAUUUCAAGUUAAUGCUGCGGAAUGAUGGAAUGUUUCCCGAUGAUUAUACUUUUCCGCUGGCGACAAAAGCUUGUGCAAUGGUCAAUAGUCACUGUUUGGGACAGUCGGUGCACUGUCUAGCCACGAAAAUCGGCUAUGAUGUGAAUGUCUACGUGGGGAGCUCUGUCGUGGACAUGUACGCCAAAUGUGGGAGUUUAGGGGAUGCGAGGAAGAUGUUUGAUGAUAUGCCCGAAAGAAACGUGGUUUCUUGGAGUGGGAUGAUAUAUGGUUACGCGCAAAUGGGAGAGGACAGAGAGGCUCUGACCCUUUUCAAGGGUGCGUUAUUGCAGGGUUUGGCUGUGAAUGAUUUCACGUUCUCGAGCGUGAUUCGCGUUUGUGGGAAUUCGACAUUUUUUGAAUUAGGGAAGCAAAUGCACGCUCUGUGCUUGAAACUGAACUACGACGAAACAAGCUUUGUGGGCAGUGCUUUGAUCUCUAUGUACUCAAAGAGUGGCAUGAUCGAGGGCGCUUAUCAAGUGUUUGACGAAGUUUCCGACAAGAAUCUAGGCAUGUGGAACGCCAUGUUGAUUGCUUGUGCCCAGCACGCGCACACAAAGAACGUCUUCGAAUUGUUCAAGAAAAUGAAAAACGCAGGAAUGAAGCCAAAUUUCAUCACAUUUUUGUGCAUGCUCUAUGCGUGCAGUCAUGCGGGCUUAGUGAACGAAGGAAAGCAUUACUUCAGUACAAUGAAAGAAUACGGGAUAGAGCCAGGAAGUCAACACUACGCAUCUAUGGUUGACUUGCUUGGUCGAGCUGGAAAAUUGGACGAGGCAAUGAAAUUAAUCGAAGAAAUGCCAAUGCAACCAACAGAGUCCGUUUGGGGAGCUUUACUGACAGGAUGCAGAAUUCACGGAAAUACCGAGCUGGCAGGUUCGGUGGCCGAUAGGGUCUUUGAGGUGGGGCCCGUAAGUCCGGGCCUACACGUGAUGCUAUCCAACGCUUACGCAGCAGCUGGCAGAUAUCAAGAGGCUGCAAAGGCAAGAAAAAUGCUUAAAGAUCGUGGGCAGAAAAAGGAAACGGGAUUGAGUUGGGUUGAAGAAGGUAAUAGGAUACACACGUUUGCUGCGGGUGAUAGAGGGCAUGAAAUUUCUGAUGAGAUUUAUAGGAAGCUCGAAGAAUUGGGAGAGGAUAUGGAGAGGGCUGGUUAUGUGGCGGACAUGAGUUAUGUGUUGAAAGAAGUUGGUGAUGAAGAGAAGGGGCGGAUGAUUAGGUACCAUAGUGAGAGAUUGGCUAUUGCUUUUGCGUUGAUUAAGUUUCCGAAGGAGAGGUCGAUUAGGGUUAUGAAGAACUUGCGUGUGUGUGGCGAUUGUCAUGUUGCGAUUAAGUUUAUAUCAAAGUGCGUCGGGAGGGUUAUAAUUGUCAGGGAUAAUAAUCGGUUUCAUCGGUUUGAGAAUGGGGAAUGCUCUUGCGGUGAUUACUGGUGAUUGAAACGUGGGAUUUAGUUUAGUCCUCCUCGUGUUGGAUUUUGAAGCUGAUUAUUUGGUGCAUGGAUAUAAACAUCAGGUAAAAGCUUUCAGCAUGUUUUUAGAACUAAAGUUGCUUGAACUAGAACACGAUUAUGCGCUCCAACCAUUGGAUUUGAAGUUAAAAUCUUCAAAUAUUUAAUGACAUCCAUUGAGUUGUUAUGGGUGUAAUGUGAAUCAAAUGGAUUUUAAA